AUGGAGGAGAAUCGAGAAGCUUUAGUCAGAAAUGAUAAUCCCUGUUUGUCCGACAGUAGCUCUGAUAUUCUUUAUCUUGACCUGAGCCACAACCCUUACGAAAUCAACGAUAAAGUCCAAUCCAAGUUUCCUCCGAGCUCUUAUAAUUCCCCUAGCGACACAGACGCGCCUUGGAGUCCUUCGGGUCUAUUUACCGACCAAUCUUUUUCGAAUUUCCCACCUAUCAAUAGUUCUGAACAAGAACCGUUAGCCACAGAUCAGAACAUCCCAGCUAUCGAUGUUCCAGUUAAUGAAUUCGAAAGCGGCCUACUCUCCACUACUGAGCAGCCUCUCCCGUUUGGUUCGACUUCUUAUACAGCAGCGACCGAAAAUACUUAUAGACAGACUCCUCACAACUUAGAACCACCCAUAAAUUCCGCCCAGGGAUUUUUUUUGGGUGGGGCUAGCGCUGGGGAUGAGACAACCAUAACUUCUGUUAAUAAGCCCACUAUUGUUACUACGGACUCGAUUGGAACCCAACAGUCGACUCCGGGCUCACUGGCCACCGAUACUCCAACGCAGCCACUUACUCUUAGAUCCAAGGCCUCUAGGACUCCUAAAGCUCCUAAAGCUCCCAGAAAGAUUUAUAAAUGUACGGAUCACGAAAAUGCUCCAACUGGUCCAUGUGUUCAAACAGAGUUCACAAACCGGAAGGUAUUUGAGGGACAUUUGAAGGAGGUGCACGGGAUUGAAAAAUACUUAGAGUGCCCAAAUUUUGAAAAAUGUCAACACAAGUGCUCCAGAGAAGACAAUCUAUUAUCUCAUAUAAAAAGAUGCGACCUUAAAAUCAAAUCCAGAGCCGCCGAGAAAAGAACUGUGGAUGCCUUGACCCCCCACGAUAUGCUCGAUAAUCCGGAACAGUCAGCGUCGAAGCGUCGAAGAUAUGCUCAGAAUGUCGAACCCUUGCCAGCUACACCGACACCAGUGGACUUACCACUUGAGCCGAUGGCUAAGCCGCCCAUACUUUGUACUAGCUCACAAGGGACCAUCAAUAUCACGGAAUCGGACAUCGACAGUUCACCUUCCCUUGGGAUCGAAAACCCUAGUCUAUCAGAGCAAUCAUCCGUUGCCAAAAUAGCGAGACUAGAGAAGGAGCUCGAUGAUGCUAGGCUUGAAAUAAGCCUGCUCCAAAAGAACCUGGAGGAUGCUCAAUUUGAUUCAGACACAUGGAGGGAUAAGGCGAGGGCACAAAACCGUAGCUUCAGUUUUACUAAACAACUGCUGACAGCUCCGCAUACACCCGAUGAUUGA